AUUGGUGAGAUCUUAUUAUUGGGGUCCUCCUCUUUUUUCUCCUCUCUGCUUGCACCCCGGGGUGCCGGCAGGCUGCAGCGGCCGCCUGCUAGGCCGCGGUCCCCUGUCCCCCUCUGUCCCCUCAUCCCCACUGUCCCCUUCUCUUGCUGCUGGGUUUGGUGUCCAGGGAGGUCGUGGGGCUUUUUGGAGGGUUGGUUUGUGGUUCUGUGUGGUCCCAGUGUUAUGGUAGUUGUGUUGUGAGACGUGUCCAUCUGUCAGCUCGUUACCCCAACUUUCACUAUGAUGUCUGAUAUCGUUAGCAACUGGAAGCUGGAGCAAUUUGUGCUCCAGAAGUGUCUCCCUCCGAUUUGGUCCCCUGGGGCCUUUCAGGGCCCUGAGGCAUACCAGCAGUUGUGUCAGCAGUGGGAGAGCUGGUCUGAGGAGAACAAAAAGCCCAAACCCACUAACAAGUGCAAAAAGAGAGCGGCUUUGCAGGGUUUGCUUAUGGUGGGCAGGGAGUUGUCCAGGUUGCUUAAGGAGGCUCUUGAGAGUGUGCAGACUUUGGAGCAAGCCAAGGGCGAGCUCAAGAUGCAGGUGGAUAACUUGCGGGCAGAGGUGCAGGGUCUGUGUGGGGACUCGCUGAGGAGCGCGGUGGAGAUAACCCGGUUGGAGAACAAGCUGGGCUAUGAGAAGCUGAAAACAGAGGAGUUAGAGAAGGAGGUGGGCAAAUGGAUUGGGGAGACGCAUGAUGCACAGAGCGCGGUGCGGGCUGUCCUGCAGGAUGCCCAGCGGGAUCGUGGCACCGGCCCCGAUCACAAGGUGUGCCACGCCAAGAUCCAGGAGCUGCAGGCGGAGCUGGGGGUGUCGCGGGGCAUUGUGGCUGCCAUCCAGGGCAAGAGGAGCCGGUUUGGGAAUGGCGAGGGGGAUGACUGUCUCGAUCCGCACCCGCCCCACUAUGACUAUGAGGAAGAUGUGUGGGGGGCCAAUAGCCCCACCAGGCCAUCCCCAUACGCUCCCCUGAGGGAGGAGAUAUGUCAGCUGCAGGGCAAUGAAGCAGAGGCUGCUAAAACUAAGAAAAGUCCCCCCGACGAGCCAGUCAGCCACACCCCACUGCAGGCCAUCGAUACCAACCGGGCCAUGCUGUGGUUCAACCCCGAGCAGCUCAAGACGGUGGGAAAGAUGCUGGGACCGCUGACCAAAGAGACGGCGGUCAAUUGGCUGUCCAGGGCACAGAGGCUGCCCCGGUGCCAGAGCGGCAGCGCGGUCAGUGACCUGAUAGACGUGGUGAGGAAGUGCAUGAAACCCGAUGAUUUUGCGGCCCUGCCAGGGGAUGUGCAGAUGGGCAAUGUCCAGGAUAUCGGGGACGUCCAGUCGGCUGUGCUAAAGGUGUUCUUCCCAGAGGUCAAUCCCUUGGUGCUCUUCCACCAGGAGAAGCAAAACCCUGAAGAGCGGCCAGAUGCCUAUGUCAACCGUAAAAAGAUGCUCUACCAGAUGGCGGGGCUGCCCGGUUCCAAGGAGUCCCCCCUGGAUUUUGACAGGCCUGAAUUCAAGGAGCCACUGGUGGUGGGGCUGACCCCCCCUUUGAGGGUGAUUGCGGGUGGGGAUGCGGCGAGGAAGCCGCUGUCAGAGCUAGAGCAGAUCCUGAACCAGAAUUUUGAACUACAAAAGCAGGCGUUCCCGGGGUACAUGUUGGGGGGGAAGAAAGGGAAACCCUCAGCCAUGUCCUUCCAAAAUGCAGGGAUGAGAAAAAUGCAAGGGGACAACCGCAAAGAUCCCGAUGGCAAGAACGGCUCGGGGAAGGAAAACCAGCCAGGGAUGAGGUUUCAGAAGUCCAACCCUUGGCGGGCUGAGCUGAGGAAGCGCUUGAUCAAAUAUGAGAAGCAGGAGGACAUUGAUGGCUUGCCAGAUGCUGAGCUGUUUAGAAAGCUGGCGCUGCACGAGGCCAAGAAGCACAGCAGCUCCAACCCCAUCGACCCGGGGUCUAAGGCUCAGCAAUAGGGCUGCCAGGCACCCGCAUCGCCCCUUUUUGUGGCACCGAUUAAGACCGAUUUGUGGGGGCGCCUGAUAGUUGAUAUAACUAUUGGAGGAGGGGUGCUUGGACAAGUGAUGUUAAUUGAUACUGGUGCCUCUUAUUCAAU